AAGUGUCCAGACUUGAAGGGGGUGAAAGUGUCCGGACUGGAAGGGGGAGAAAGUGUCCGGACUAGAAGGGGGGGAAAGUGUCCGGACUGGAAGGGGGUGAAAGUGUCCGGACUGGAAGAGGGGGAAAGUGUCCGGACUGGAAGGAGGGGGAAGUGUCCGGACUGGAAGGGGGUGAAAGUGUCCGGACUGGAAGGGGGGGAAAGUGUCCGGACUGGAAGGGGGUGAAAGUGUCCGGACUAGAAGGGGGGGAAAGUGUCCGGACUGGAAGGGGGUGAAAGUGUCCGGACUGGAAGGG